UUCGUACCCAGGAAUGUCGUUUUGUAACCUGUGAAGUUACAUGUAAAGUUCGUGGUAUCCGCCGUGUUUCCCCUUCUCUGUAUUGCCGUACUUAAAAUCCCAUUACAUUGUGCAUUACUGAACGUGCAUUUUGUCAAGUGGAGACUGUUCAAAGUACUUUGCGUAUACCUAUAUGUACAAAGUAGCUGAAUUUCAUUUCUGACAUUGCCAAAUUUAGCAGCCUCGUAUCAAUUCUUGACCGAAAUGAUCGCAAAAGCGGUGAGCGUCGCUGUGUGCGCGUGCAGUUUCGUUUACACGUUUUAUGUUGUAUGUAAUUUCACAUAUUUCUUGUCGAAUCAUAACGAGAAUCAAAAGUCCAUGCUUCGUACGGCCGAAGAAGAAUCUGUGGUCGUUGCGACAAUAUGGACAUUGUUUAUGGACACCUGCUUGCUGUGCGCAUUUAUGGUGCAGCAUUCUGUGAUGGCCAGUGACUUCGUAAAGAAUAUUUACCGGCGAUUAGACAUCGAAGAAAUCGAACGGAGUGUGUAUAACACUGCAGCCGCGGGUGCGAUCCAUUUUUUAAUGAGCAAUUGGCGUCCCGUGUCUUGGGCAACAAUUUGGAGCAUCAACACUUUCCACAGCACAUCACUAUGGCUGAUAUUUACCAGCAUACACGUGAUGGCCUGGCUAAUAAUAUAUGGCGGUUGUGUGGUCAUGGACAUAUCCGAGCUUAUGGGAUUGAAGCAAGUUUACUAUAAAAUUUCCGGCAGGCAAAAACCGCUGAUUAUGAAGAGUGAGCAACUCCAACGUUUGUAUUCGCACAUGAGGCAUCCAAGUUUCACAGGCUUCCUGAUCAUUUUCUGGAUUCAUCCAUUCAUGAGCGUUGACCGGUGCCUGCUGGCAGGUUUGCUCACAGCCUACAUGAUUCUGAUGUGGACAGUUGACCAGAAGGAUUAUGAGUACCACAAAUCGGUCAUGCAGAUGAAACACCGAAAACUCUUUUAAUCUCCCUAAUUUGAGAUUUGAUGGAUCGGCGCACUUUACAGUAAAUUGCCUGCUUAGAAAAUAAACCAUUCAUUGUUUAUGUUGAUCAAUACAUUCAUUUCCAGUACGAUCAAUAGACAGUACUCGAAACAUAUAGUUCCACUUCAUGUAUAUGAUGUAAGAUUGAUUGGCAUUCACUUUUGUGUACCAGCAUAUUUAAAGUUCUUCAAACCGGCUAAAGAACUUCAGAGUCUGUCAUUCUCCAACUGAUCUAAGUAGUUGAUUCCAUGUGAUGUUUCGAGGAAUUUGUUCAUUAAUGUUUCGAUUUCACCCUGUACAGCAAAUCACCCACAAAUACCUUAAUUAUAAUACGCGCAUAGCAUUUAUUUAUUUAUUUUUAUAGACUUCUUUUAUACCUAAAUAUUAUCUCACGACAUCUUUUACGAGUUUGUUAACGCCACACGCACAUGCAUAGUAUUAAGUUUUUGCAAACUAAUCUCACGAGCCAAUUUAACGAACAAUCACGUGUAUAUGCAAUACAAGAGCAGAACACAUUAUUUUAGUUAUUUUUCUUAUACCUUGGUAAAAAUAGGCGAAUCUACUCCUUUCGUUCAGUUUGCAUCUGGAUGUAUUCGCAACGUAUGUACAGGAUCCGAUUGGAUUCCAAUAAAGACCGGAGACAAAAACUGUGCAGAAUGCCAGAAAAUCCCGCGUGGCACGGACGCAAAUUUACGAUCCGGUGCAAUAACCAUUUCUCAGUAGUAAUUUUUCCUCAUCCUAACCAAGUGUACCUUAACUUAUCGUUUUUAUAUCAUAAAUUUCAACCUACCUCUAAUGUUACAUUAUUAAGUGUGCGAAAUACUUUAGUAGCAAUAGUGCAAGUAUUUGUCACAGCAAUUUGUAACAGUAAAUUAUACAAUGUAAAAUGGGUUGAAUUGAGUUUUUGUAAAACCCAGAAUGUUCGCUCGUCGAUUAAAUGAGUACUUAUGACUUGCGAAUGGAAUU